AUGUAGUCUAGCGUGGCUUCUGUAGAUAUUAAUGAUGCAAACAAUAUAGUUACAUACUGUUCAACAAAUGGGCAGAUAAUGACUUGGGAUUACUCUAUUUUAUCGAAACCUUAGCUUUUGGAUUCAACUUUCAUAAACAAUCAAGGAUUAUGCAAAUCUAUUCAAUAUUUAGUAAAUAAUUAUGUUCUAAUUCUAUUUUAAACAAGUAUAAUAGCUUUUGAUGCAGUUUAUUCUAGAAUUUUGAACACUUGGAAUUUUGUCAAUCAAUAAUCUAAAAUGACAAAUUAAUUUAUAUUGCCAGUUAAUGGAAUUUCAUAUCUCUUAUACGAUUCUUGCUUUAAAGCAUUUGACUAAAACUUUUAGCUUCUCUUCUAAGAUUGUAGCUCAUUUUUCGAUGAUACUAUUGUUCAAGCAAAACUUGACCCAAGUAUGAAUUUGGUUGUGUAAAAGGCUUAUUCUUUUACAAUUUUCUAGGUACUAAACAACCAAUUGAAUCAAAAAGAUUUAAAGCCUAUAAAAUCAUAUUAUAAUAUCCUACUUUCUACUGCAAUAGAUAUAUCUUUUAUGAAUAGUGAUCCAGAUGAUAAUCUUUAUAUAAUAGGAGGGAUUACUAGCUAAAGUUCUGCUGAUUAUAAAUAUUAAGCAUAUGCCUUAUUUAAGAACUAUACAAAUAUCUUUUAAGUUAUUUAAUAACGUGCCUUUAAUUAUUUUUUUCCUGUAUAGAAAGAUUUAAACAAAGAAAAUGGCUCACUUGGGUACAAUUUCAAAACUGUUUUAUUAAUGAAUUAAAAAACUGCAAUAUAAACGUUUUACUAUAAUAUGUAAAGCUUAGAUAAUUUUUUUGGAUCAAAUUAUUUAUCUUAAAAUGUAUUAACUAAUAAUUUUAAGCUUUUUAAAAAAGAUCAAUUUUACAUGGUUGGUGAUUAAAAUGGUUUGAUGACUGUUGAUGCAACAAGAAAAUAAAUUUAUACAAAAGUAUAUAAUCUAAGUCCUUCUGAAAUAUUAUAAAAUGAUUUUAUUUAAGGAGUGUAUUAAAGCUUGAUACUUUAAAAGUAUUUUAUAAUAAAAUCAAAUAUUUAUGUAUUUAAAAUAUUAACGAACGAAUUAAUAGAAAUCUUAGAAGUAAAGUAAAAUCCUAGUUAACCAAUUUAAUAGUUUUCAAUAUUAGAUUAGUAGAAUAUAAUUAUUUAUAACAACAACAUCUAUUUAUUUGGAUCUAGCAUUUCUAUUUUAGAUUUUGAUUUGACUGAAAAAUAUUCUUUAAAAUAGUCUUCAGAUAAAAGCUUAGUUUAAAAUUGUAUUUUAAGCUAAAUUGGAUUGAUUUGUAAAAAAGCAUCAUCAAUAAUUACAAUUUUUGACAAAAAUAACCUGAAUCCCAUAACCACUUUGUAGUAGCGUUUCUUAGAUAACAAUUAUAGGUUUUAAAUAGAUAACCUUUAUCAGAGAAUUAUUCUUUAUUCAUCUAAUAUUGAAGUAUACAGCUUUAAUGGUAAUUUUUAGAUGUAUAUUUCUUAGAUUAAUACAUAAAUCAGUGCAUUAUAAGUAUUUACUAAUGAUAUCUCUGUAACAUCUACAAAUAUAUUUAUAUAUGACAGAAAAACAUUUAAUUAUCGAGGAGAGAUUCUAAGCCCAGGAGGAGCAGCUAUUUUAAAUACAGGAUUUAUACCUGAGUUAAAUUAAUUAGUAUUUUAAGUGUCUGUUAUAAGAUUUGCUUAAAUUUUUACAGUUAAUUUAGAUACUUUGCUUUUAGUUAUGUCAUUUAAAAAUUAAUUUACAUAAAAUUAACCUUCAAAUGGUGUAGGUUAUGCAUAUGAUAAAGAUUAAAAUCUAUUCAUGCUUUUAGAUUAAACUGGAAAUUUUUAAACUAUAGAUUAUCAAGGUUAGUUUCUUUCAUAGACAACAACAAAGUUUGUUGAAUAUGAUUAAUAUUCAAUUUAUAGUUUCGUAGGAUUCUCUUUAGAUUUUCAAAAUAAUAACUUACUAGUUUACUCUUAAACUUAAGUUUUCAAUCUUUGUUAUGGAGAUUUAACUAAUUAAUUAAUAAGAUUUAGAACAGACAAGAAAUAAUUGUUUGCAUAGAUAUCAGAUUCUACUUAAGGUAGCUAAGAUUAAACAAGUAUUGCUUUUAUUGUCGCUGGAGAUUAAGGAUUGGUUUAUAAAUAUUAAAAUACUGAGUUUGAGUAUUUUUAUCAGCUCAAUGAAGAAAUUCAAAGUAUUAAUUACAUUUAAAACCUGAAACUACUAAUCAUAGCACUUUCUCAGUCUUUUAUUAUUUUUAAUAAUUUUGAUCAAAACUCUUUGUCAAAUUUGAACCUAUGGUAAAAUUAAAAAUAAACUGUUGCUUUAAGUAGUCUUUUUUCUUCAUUUAUCUGUAAUGAUGUCUUUUUAACUAAAGAUGGAUUAAUUAGCCAUUAUGAUUUUAUGAAUAAAAUCACUUUAGGUAAAAUAAAUUUAUAAGACUUUCAGUCCAGAGUAAUCAAAAAAAUUUGUUCUACUACCUCACCAAAUGUUUAUUUUGGUUUAAGUAAUGGAGAUAUAAUAAUUUACAACAGAAACACUUAUCAAUAGUAUAUUAUUAGCUUAGUCUCUAAAUAGUAAGGAUAGUAAUACUUUGGUUUAGAAAUAGCAUACUUGGCAGAAACUUCGACAGAUUUAUGGGCUUGCUUCAGUAGUACACAGGGAAUUUUCAAAAUUAAUCUUAAGGACCAGAGCUUUAUAUAAAUAAUUUAAUUUAAUAGCUUAAAUACUUACAAGACAAUUUAAGAGCUAAAUGUUAUGAUCUUCGAUGUAGAUGAAUAAAAUACUAGAUUUUUUUUGAAUUUUAUAGGAGAAAAAGUAUUGCGAGUGUUUGAUUUAUCAGGAAACUUGCUCUAAAUAAUAUCUUUAGCAGGUAUAUAUUACAAUACUUUAUAAAUUAGUUCAUCCCACUUACUAGUUUAUACUACUUUCCAUGUUAUGAUCUAUGAUAGAAUAACUCUUUAAUACAUUUAAAGAAUAAGGAGGGAUAAUCAGAAUGAUAUUAUAGUUGAAGUUGUUGAAAUUAAUAGCUAAUAUUUAGUUAUUUUAAGCUAAAGUAAGUAUGAAUUAUUUUAAUUAAAGUAAAAUUCAAAAGAAGCUGUUUUAAUGGACCAAGUUUUUCUACAAAAUCCUACAUUCAUGUCAUAUGCUAUCAAUAAUAAUGAUAAUAGUAAUUAAAAUAUUGAUUAAAUAAUGUAAGUAUUUUUACUAUCCUCUAACCAAAUACUGGAGUAGAAGUACAAUCUAAUUUAUGAGAGUAUCUAAACACUAAAUAAUAUUUGCAGUAUUGAAGUGCCUGUAAGCACAUUUUAUGAUAAUUCAUUUUAUAUGAACAAAAUUAAGCCUGUAUCAUUUCCAGAUCCAUCUUAAAGAUCUAUGAUUCCACUUAACUCAAGUUUACCCUGCUUAAGUAUAAAAUAACUAAGAGCUUAAUUCACUCUCAAUUUAUUCUGA